AUGGCACAGCCCGGAGUGGUAGAAGUGCUGGCAGCGCCGGAUGAUGUGUAUGCAGAUUACUUGGAAGCUUAUCUGCUGCUCACCAGUGUCAGACUUGCUUUUCUUGCAUGCAGUGGCCGCGAGCCGCCGACAGCCUUGGGCAUGAUGGCCCGAAAUGAUCUGCUGCUCUGGGUUAUGGAAAACAUCUAUGAGCCUUGGCGCAGUGCUUUGUGCCAGUAUGCAGAUGCCCUGGCUUGUACCUUUAGCCAUCGACGGCAUCCGACGCUGCCUUUGCCCCGGUGGCCUGCAACGCCUGCUGUUAGUGAGGCUGAAUCCUUGGCGCUGCAUUUCUUGGAUGCCGGUAAUGUUCCCCUUUGGAAUGCUGCACGUCAGGUCGUAAAUUUACUGCAGCGGGAGUCGCCGAGACACAAAGACGUGACUCCUGGGGCAGCCAGCAGCGCAACCUUUGGGGUUUAUGCCACGGGCCCGUUUGCAGGGAUGUGUAAGCUGACGCUUACGCACCCGAACGUCACGCGGCUGCUGAACUGCUUUAUCACGAGACUGUGCCCCAACCAUCGCUGGACCACAGUUGCUGUGCUUUUCAAUUAUCAGCUUUCUCCUCACAAAGAUCAUGGGAAUGCUGUGACGCCGAGCCUUGUGACCUCGCUUUCGUUGCAUGAGGAUGGCGAAAUUUGGAUUGAGAAUCCCGAGGGCACAGCCGUUUCUACGCACGAGGGUCUGCCACGGCUAGGUUGCCGUUACUCUUUGCAGCUGCAAGCAGUUCGCUUUCAAGCACAUCGGAUGUUGCAUCAAACUUGUGAGUGGACCUCGUUUGAUAGGGUUGUAGUUUCGGCUUACACUGUUAGUCGGUGGGAAGCUUUGCAGAUGCCUUGGCAAGAGCAGCUUGCGGACCUGGGCUUUUACCUUCCUGACCGGACUGUACAGGUCAAGCAACCGCGGCUGCAUGAUGACUGCUUGCCGUGUGUUGUAAGGUAA